CACUGCAUGCGCUGUCUCUGCAGGAAAAUCGAGACUGUUUCUCGCCCACCCUUUGGGAGAUGCCGAAGGGCGGCUGGCGCGACAACCAAGUGUGGUUUCCCGGUUCCCAUUGUGAUGUUGGUGGAGGUUACGAGAAGCACGACCUCUCUGACUUUGCAUUGUUCUGGAUGGUAGGAGAAAUCAAGUCCUUCAUCAACAUCGAUACCUCAUUUUUGGUUGGCGACUUGAAGCGAUUCAUUCAACCUCAGACACGCUUGCAAGGUGGUGCGAUCAAGCCAGGCAUGGUGUUCCACGAGAGCAUCCUUUAUGCCCCCACAACGCUUACGAGGCCGCAAUACAUGCUCACCCUCGAUACGCUCAAGCAAGCAUUUGGAACUUCUUGGAAGCCGACCAUUGCACCCCUCAACGAGAUAAGUGGGGGAAACAGUCCCAACGCAAGGACUAACCGCAAUCACGGUAUUUUCGAAAAGGUUCCCGAGAGUGUCACCUUCGAGAGUGUAUCAGAUCUAUUUCCUUAGAUACCAGGGGCAGGAGCAGGAUACGGGUUGUACAGUUCCUUUCAUGGUAGUCGUGUCCUAGGUAGGGGGUGCCCAAGUGCUCAAAUUUUGUCAUAGUUGUCGUGCAUGAACCACCUACUCCCUGUACAAGUGGCCCCUCUGAAACAAUUACAAUUCCGUGUAUUGUGCCUUACACGAUCUUCGAGCAUAAAAUGAACCAAACAAAUAGC